AUGACCCAGGAGGAUCAGGACUUGAAGCCUCAGCCAGUGGUGCCACGGGAGCCGGUGGAUGAGGGCAUGCGAUCCUGGCGGUUUUCUGGCGGCGGCUUUGAGUUGUCGCUCGAGCAGAAGCUGGGUGGAGGCACCUAUGGAGCUGUGUACCUGGCCACAGACAGAUCGGGGCGGCCUUGGGCAUUGAAGGUGGCCCGUUGCGACCAGUUCUUGGAAGAGCUUGCAAAAGAAAACAGGAUCCUCAUGAAGCUUCGCCACCCUUCUGUAGUCAUGGCUUGGGGCUUGCUGGCAGGCCCAUCAGCCACGAUGGGAAUGCCAAUGGAAAAGGCCGACAUCGAUUUGCGCCGGGCCCUCCGUGGCGCCUGCUCUACUUUCACCAUGAUGAAGCGCUGGCAGGUGGCUCACCAACUGCUGCAGGGCCUAGAAUACAUACAUGAGAUGGGGUGCAUCCACCUGGAUCUGAAACCUGGGAACCUGCUGCUAUUUCAGCUUUGUGAGCAGUCGGUUCUCAUGAAGAUUUGUGAUUUCGGCUUGUGCAGAGAGAUGAAACAAGGCAGUGUCACUCUCAGUGGCCAGGAGGCUUUCACGGCCAACUACCGGCCACUCGAGUGCUGGUUGCACUUGAAGAAGGCAUUCCAAUGCGGUCCGGAAGCAGACCUCUGGGCAGCCGGAUGCAUCUUCUAUGAGAUGCUGAGUGAUCACAGUGAAAUGUUGUUCCCAUAUCCUGACCAGCUGAUCAAAUCUUCUGAUGUGCGCAAGGCGAUCUUUGAGGCACGUGACACGAUGUUGACUUUCGUGAAGCUGACCAUGGCCAAAGAGUUUGUGCAGGGCCAGGUUUGUGCCCGGUCACGGCGCCUCACCGUCCAGAGGUCUGCUACAUUGUGCCUGGAUGCGUUGAGCCGCGGCCGCGCCAGGCCAUUGCCAGAAGUGCCUCAGGCUGUUGGCCAUCAGACCGGUUAA